ACUAGCACGGUAGCACCAACCCCACCGCACCAGCAACCAUGUCGUCUGAAACCGCCGUUUCGCCGCCGCCGCCGCCGCCGAAUCAACCGGCCGCCGACUCCGCCCAUUCCAGCCCCGCCUCCAUGACCGACGAGACGCAUGGUGCAGGAGUCCAUCCCGACGACUCCCAACCGCAUCGCUCCUCCUCUUCCUCCUCCUCCCCUCCCGUGGCCGGCGAGGCGCGAGUCCCCGCCCGGUCCCAGCCCCAACCGCACCACCCGUCGCCGCCUCCUUCAGGGGAGGACGAAGAUGACGUCGCCGCCGCCGGCCAAAUCGCAGCGGGUGACGCCGCGGGGGCAGCGACGGAGGAGCGGGUGAAGGGGCCCUGGUCGUCGGACGAAGACACGCUGCUGAGCAAUCUGGUGGAGAAACUCGGGCCGAGAAACUGGACGCUGAUAGCUCGCGGCAUCCCUGGGCGCUCCGGCAAGUCCUGCCGCCUCCGCUGGUGCAACCAACUCGACCCCCAAGUCAAGCGCAAGCCCUUCACUGAAGAAGAAGACCGCAUUAUAAUGGCUGCUCAUGCUGUACAUGGAAACAAGUGGGCGGCUAUUGCGAAGCUGUUGGUUGGGAGAACUGAUAAUGCAAUCAAGAACCACUGGAAUUCUACCCUGAGGCGUCGGUACUGCACUGGUGGCCGAUGCACACAAGGUGGUGUUGUGGAGCGAGCUAUUCCGGAGAGGCCUAGGUCAGUUUCAGAAGAACCUUGGCCAUUGGGAAAUCUUAGUUCCUUAAAUGUCAGGGAAGCAAUGGAAGCUCCUGCACAGACAGUUUCUGAAAGUUAUGUUGGGGCAUUGCAAACCGCGGAUCAGAAUUGCAGAACUGAAGUUGUUGAUCCACCUUAUCUUGCCCGACCAGUUGCAAAGGUUGGUGCAUUCAAACCAUACAAUGUAGGGCCUGGUCAAUCAUCACAGAAAGAAAAGUUGGGCUUUGCCACCAGGUUUGACUCAAAUCUUCAAGCUUUCAAGCCUGAAAAUGGGGUCGGUAAGUUUGUUUAUCCUACAAGUUUUGCUGCUGAUGUGCCAAAUAAAUGUGGUCAUGGCUGCUGCACUUCUCAUGGGCAACUUCGUGAGAACUCAUUGCUGGGUCCUGAGUUUAAUGAGUUUGAAGAUCAUCCUCCAAUUUCAGAUAGUAGUUUUGCUUCAUUGGUGUCAGAAAUUAGUAGCAUUGCCUGGAUGAAAAGUGGUUUGCAAAGCAGCGACACCAACAACAUAGUGCAGUCAUUUCCACCAGCUUAACAGAUUAGGAUAAUGUAAAUCAGUGAGAUGAAACUUUUGGAGUUGUUUUUUUAUAUUAAGGUGUAAUGAAGACAAACCGCAAUUAUUGUUGUGAGCUGCAUUUUUUGUAGACGGACACUGCAUAUAGCACAUGCAAUUCUUA